AUGAGGAAGCAUCUGGGAGCAUGGGGCUUGGCCAUUGUCUGUGUCCUGCUCUUCAGCCAUCUGCCCCCAGCCAAGGCGAGAGGCAUAAAGCACAGAAUCAAGUGGAACCGCAAGGCGCUGCCCAGCACGGCUCACAUCACAGAAGCCCAUGUGGCCGAGAACCGCCCGGGCACCUUCAUCCGCCAGGGCCGGAAGCUCAACAUCGACUUCGGGCCGGAGGGCAACAAGUACUACGAGGCCAACUACUGGCAGUUCCCCGACGGGGUCCACUACGACGGCUGCUCCGAGGGCAACGUGACCAAGGAGGCGUUCGUGGCCAAGUGCGUCAACGCCACGCAGGCGGCCAACCAGGGGGAGUUCUCCCGAGAGAAGCAGGACAACAAGCUGCACCAGCGGGUCCUGUGGCGGCUCAUCAAGGAGCUCUGCUCCAUCAAGCACUGCGACUUCUGGUUGGAAAGAGGAACUGGAGUUCAGGUCGGCGGGCACCAGCCCUUGGUGCUUGGCCUGCUGCUUUGCACCUGGUUCCUGGUGAAGUAA